ACCUUCACAUCCUUGGGAUACAACUGACAUGUGUUUAUAAAUCUUCAACUGUUUUUGUGUCAAUUAUUGUAUUUUUUAAUUAAUUGUAAAACACUUGUCAUGUGCUGACAUCAACAAAAAGUAAUAUUAUUUUGUCAAAUGUUUAAAAUAAUUAAUUUUGUUUUUAGUUUAUUUUUUUUUUAAAUGCUAACCAAGUAGAAAGCUUUUUUUUGGAGCUGAAAACUAUUUUGUACAAUUUUCAGUUUAUAAUUUAAAUAAUUUAUAUAUAAAGUUAUGGGUAAAUAAUAAUUUCACAAUUCUAUAGUCACUGUUUUAAUGUUCAAGAAGAAACCUUAAAAUGGAUAAUACAAAUGAAUCUGAAUCAUUUAAAUUAACAAAUUCAAAUCAAAUUAUAGAAAUUCAUAGUCUCAGAUUGAAAAAAAAUGCUCUUCAGGCUCGAAUGAAUGGAUGUGACAAUAAAAAUACAGGAUCAUUAAUAAAUCAAUGUAAUCAAAGUAAUCUUAGAUCAAAUUCAAGAAAUGUUCCAUCAGCAAAACGUAAAAAUCCUUUUGCAAAGAAUGAACAAAAUAAAAAAACGAAAGAUAAUAAUUUGGAUUUAGAAACAACAUGUGAUUCAACUUUAUUUGAAUUACUCAAUUUAAAACCGCCAAUUACAAAGAAACCAAGUCCCUUAAGGAAUUCGACAUUUGAAAAUAUAUUGGAUAAAUUUGAUGCAUUUGAGACAAUUCCUGAACGAGAAGAAUUGAAUGGUGAAAAAUAUAUACCAAUGGAUUGGACUUUGCAUAAAAAAAUACGAUUAAUGUCAGACAAACCAUUUGCUUGGAGUGUUAAAUUAAAAACAAGUGAAGAAGCAUCUAGUACCACUGGUUUUGUAAGAUGUUUGGAUAUUGGUGAAAAAGAAACAACAUUAGAUACUACUCUAAAUGCAAGGUUUCAUCGACAUUGUUUAGUUUGGCAACAUCCAUCAUUACCUUGGAUGGAAUUAUAUCCUCGAAUUGAUAAAACAAUUGGAUCGAUUGGUAAUAGUGCAUCUAUUGCAGCAAAUCCAAUUAUAAAAGAUGCUUUAUACAAAGAAUGGAAUGAAAGUUUUAGAUCUUUAUUUCAUUUAUUGAGAGCAAGACAGUGUCCAUAUUUCUAUGUAUGCGCUAAUUCAUUUACAGCACUUUUUCGUGCUGCUGGAAUAUGUGGAUUAUCUGAACUUCAUGCACUUUUAACUCCAACAACUCGAGGAUUCAGGAAAGCUCUCAAGCAAGAAGAAAUAGAAUACAGCAUGCCUUUACAAAAAAGAAUGCAUUCUGGCGUAAUGUGCAAAAGUUUUGAUGAGACGAAGGGAAAUGAUAAUACUGCUGAAACAGGAAAUCAAAAUGCUACUUGUGAUGAAGAAGAUGAAUUGGAUGAUAAAUGGUUGCAAAGUCUUGGAGUGGAGGAAUCUGUAAUUAAAAAAAUUCAUAAUUCACAGUAUAGAUUGGCUUCUGAAAAAGAAAGCGAAAUAGAUAACGAGAAACAAUCAUUAAUUUUUGUGGUAGGAGUGGAAGCACAAGCUUUAUUUAAUUUUUUAAUCAAUUGUAAAUCUGCAACAACAACUAUUGGAAACAUGGCAGGAAUUCCACCAACACUUUUGGCACCAGUGGCAUUCAAUGGCGCAACUCUAAAGUCAUUAAAGGUUCGUGAAAGUCAAGUGCUAAUUGAUAACAAUAAAUUCUUUUCUUUAGAAUUAAAAGGUGCUUUAAUGCCACAUGUAAUGCCAGCAUUAUGUUCAUUGAUGAAGACAAGUGAACGUAAAUAUUUUUCAAUAAGUUGUGCACAAUUGGGUUCAACAACAUCAUUCUCUAAAGCUAAACAUGGUCGAGGUGAAAAAGAAUUAAAAACAAAUGAAAAACUCCCACAAAGUGUAUUUGGUCAGGAAAAUCUAAGUGAUUGUGGAUUUAGUAAAGAAUUGCUGGAACACUUCUGUAAUCCUGACCCUAAUAGAAUAGAAAUUGUUGAAAAUUUGAAAUUUUCAAAUGAUUUAUAUUCAUGGACGUAAGAAUAAUUGAAAUUGAAAAGUAUUAAAUGUUCUUACUAAAUUUUUAAUUAAUUUUUUUCAUAUUGUGUGUAAUUAUAUUAGUGCAAUAUGCUUGUAAAUAAAUAUUUUCCUAUUUAUUGUAUUACCUACUGUAUUAAAUGUAAUACUUUUGUAAUAAUGCAUAAUUAUAA